CUGCAAGUUAAAUAGAAAGAAAGGGUAGAAAAGAAAUGAGUUGCAAUGGUUGCCGGGUUCUUCGAAAGGGAUGCAGUGAGUCUUGCAUUCUUCGUCCCUGUCUCCAGUGGAUUGAAAGCCCUGAGGCUCAAGGUCACGCUACCGUCUUUGUAGCCAAAUUUUUUGGUCGUGCCGGACUUAUGUCCUUCAUCUCCGCUGUACCAGAGAAUCAGAGACCUGCUCUCUUCCAGUCUCUGCUGUUUGAGGCAUGUGGGCGCACGGUGAAUCCCGUGAAUGGAGCAGUGGGUCUGCUCUGGACUGGAAACUGGCCAGUUUGUCAGGCUGCGGUGGAGACUGUGUUACGAGGCGGCACCUUGCGACCCAUGAGCACGGAUGUUCUGACGGCUCGGAUGACGCCUGAAUUGGACGAUGCCUCGGAAGUUGUGGUGGGUUGUACGUACACAGAGCAGCAACAGCAGUAUCCACAGCUACGGGAUCCGUUCCAGCUAUCGAGGGUGUCUACCAACAACACCAUCGCUUCGACUAAGAGGAAGGCCCUCGAUGAUGUGUCACUGUUGCAGUCCGGCGAUCUCGACCUAACGUUGACGGCUGGGUUCCAUCUCAAGAGAGUGGCAGCCGGGCUUGGCGGCAUAGGUCAUGAUCGUCAUCGACAGGAGAAGCGGCGACCGGGGACUCCGUCCAUGAAUUCUGAGGAGUCUGUGACGACGAGCAUCGAUAGCGGGGAUCAACAGAUGGGAAGCGGCGGAGAACGGAAAGGAGAACGGAAGCUUCUUAAUUUGUUCGUUUGAAACUUUUUUGAAGACCAGGCUACCUGUAGAAUUCGGUGGUUUAAAGCGGGCGAUAUGGAUGUAUAUGUGAAUUAGUUGUUCACAGAAGCUCUUCUGCUCGCUUUAACCCUUCCAAUUUUUCCAUUUUCCUGAAAUCUUUUUGGCUGUUACCCGGUUUUUUUGGGAAACCGGCGAGGUUUUGGGGCAAACUCCGGCACAUGAUUUCUCUUUUUUUAUACUACGUAGAAUGAGAUUGUUAGAAGAGGAAGAUGAAUCUGUCGGUGAUCUUUUAAAUUUGUUUUUUUUUUUUUUUUCUUUUCUUUCUUUGUAUUAGCUAAUCAUGACUUAUGGCGGCAAUAAGAAUUAAUAAUAGUAUAUUUACUUCU